AUGGCUAAGCGCAAGAAUGAGGCGCCUGCCAAUGGCAAGGUGAAAAAGAAGAGAGCUAUCUCCGAUGACGAAGCGCAUAAGAAUUUCCGCGACGGUCUCUUCGACGGCAAGGUACUCGAGACAUAUACGAGCGAGUACGCCGGUUCCCAGCCCUACAAACACGCCGUAAUUCACAAUCUCGUCGACGAUACGCUCCUCCGCAAUGUCCGCAACGAAAUUCGCGAGCACAUCCAUUUCACGCCCAAAGAGACAGACAUCUACAAGAUCCACCAAUCUGGCGAUCUCGCAAACCUCGAUGGUCUCCACGACAGUGCGCUCAAGCGCUUGCCUUCCCUGCUCACCCUCCGCGACUCGCUGUACUCGUCUGCCUUUCGCAAGUAUCUGUCUUCGAUAACAGCAUCUGGGCCGUUGAGCGGCGUGAAGACGGAUAUGGCAGUGAAUGUUUACACACCAGGGUGUCAUUUGUUAUGCCACGACGACGUCAUUGGAAGUCGGCGCGUAAGCUGGAUUCUAUACUUGCUAGAUCCCGAUAUCCCAUGGAAGCCUGAAUGGGGAGGCGCAUUACGACUGUACCCAACGGAGCAUCUUGAAACACCAGAAGGCGACAAAGUCAGGGUACCGCAACCAGACUUUUCCCUGUCGAUACCGCCGGCCUGGAAUCAGCUCUCUUUCUUCACUGUUCAACCCGGAGAGAGUUUCCACGAUGUCGAGGAGGUCUACAGGAGAGGCCUGGAAGAAAAGGCAGGGGAGGAUGGUGGACGUAUCCGCAUGGCCAUCAGCGGAUGGUUCCACAUUCCCCAAGAGGGCGAGGAAGGCUACGAGGAAGGUCUUGAGGAGAAGCUGGCAGAGAAGAGUUCGCUUGCUCAACUGCAAGGAGGCAAGGCAGACAUCUUCGAUGAACCAAAAUCGCAUUGGGUAGACAACCCAGACUGGCAAGAGCAGGCGAAACAGGAAGAUGAUGAGCUGACUGAGAACGACAUCGAUUUCUUGAUCAAGUUCAUGAAUCCAAACUAUCUGGUACCGGAUACAGUAGAGGAGUUGUCUAAUAUGUUCGGCGACGAGUCUUCGUUAAGACUUGCGCAAUUCUUAUCCAACAAAUUCUCUGCGCGGUUGCGGGAGUACCUCGAGUCAAAAGACCAUGAGGCAAACCCAAGCUUACCCAACAACCCACACUCAAAAGAGUCGAUGGUUGGUGUCGCAAGACCACCGCAUAAGCAGCGCUAUCUCUACCGGAAAGCAAUCCAACCGAUACCAACGACACCGUAUCCUGAGAACGACGGCAUGACACCUUACGACGACCUCGUGGACAUCCUCUUCCCACAUCCAGCGUUCAUGAAGUGGAUCUCGCUUGUGACUGGUAUCACACUGACUAAGAGCAACAUCUUUGCGCGCCGUUUCCGAAGAGGUCUCGACUACACCCUCGCGACCGCAUACGAAGAAGAAGACCCGCAGCUCGAAGUAUGCCUGGGCAUCACACCCUCCCGCGGCUGGGGUGAUGAAGAUGAAGAGCCUGAAGAAGCGCCUGAAGAACCCAAGAAAAACGGCAGCAGCAGUAAAAAGAGCAAGAAGAAUGGUAAAGCAAAGGAGCCAGAGCCCAAGCCUGAAGAAGAAGUUGGGGGAUACGAAAUGUACAUGGCUGGCGACGAAGACAACGACCACCCUAAUAUUCCUACGUCUGAGGCCUCGACCUCCACCGGUGCUGGUCAGCGUCGCAAAGCGAAAGCUGAUCCUGCAAUCUACAAGUCUGCAGCGGAUGAUGAGGACGAUGGUAUUCUGUUUAGCCAGCCGGCUGCGUGGAACAAUUUGGCUAUUGUAUUGAGGGACCGUGGUGUUUUGAGGUUUACCAAAUACGUUAGCAAGAGUGCUAAGGGAGAUCGAUGGGAUGUGUGUGCCGAAUAUGGUGUUGAGUUUGGGGAGGACGAGGAUGAUGAGGAUGACGAGUAG